UCUAUGUUUAUUGUUAUUAAAGUAGGACGAAAAUGUACCAAAAGACUGCGGGUUAGCUGAAAAAAUGACUGAAAAGAAUGUAGAUAGCAUAGAAGUUCCACAUUUUAAAUAUGAGCAAUUUCAAGAGGUCCUGCGCGCCCUGCCCGUUGACGAUCUGUGGAGUUUUGCGGAAAACGAGGAAGAUGUGGAUAAGCUCUGUGAAGAUUUCCUUACUAUUGUAAGACGUAAAUUAAGCUUAGAAGAGGUAUCAUCGCUUUAUACGAUUUCAAUUAUGGUGUAUCUAUUGGGUCCAACGAGGGAUCUGGCAAAUCGCUAUGGUCAGCGCGUGCAGUUGCUGGGAAAUUGCUUCAAUUACUCGGAUACACUCAAACCCACCAUGAUCGACUAUGCCACACGUAAUAUGCUGCAGCACUUUAAGCUUGCUAAUAAGCAGGACGAGGCACAAACUGAUUAUAUGCUGCAGUUAUUACAGGUUAUACCACACAUGUUGGUGGCUAGUGAGACAGGAAAGAUGAUUUCAUUUGGACUGUUGCGCGCAUUUAUAGCCGAGCUGUCUGGAUCAGGGCAACCUAUUAUAAUGCACAUAUAUAGAAAUAUCACGGAAUUAUGGUACAUGAUAAAGCAAAUAAAUUUGGAUACAGUCUUAGAAGAGUGGCCGUUACGCAAAAUAUACAUUCUAACAAAGAGCUUUGCCCUGCUUAUGAAUUCAGCUGCUUUUGGUGCCAAUACAGCAUUGAAGCAGGCUGGCUACCGGGGGUUUGAAUUGCCAGCCAAUAUGGCUGAUAUAAAGAAAUGGUUUGAUACGUUACGGAAUAAAAUUGAAGAAAAGCACAAAGACAACAAAGCAGGAAAAAACUUGGUGCGACUUAUUGAUUUUAACAUACUCAUGCCCGAAACAGAAAAUGAAGUUGGGACAUAAACUAGAUUUUCGAUGUGGUUCACAAAGCGUUUAUGGAUUAAUGCGUUUUAAAAUGUAAUCAAGGUACAAAUUGUCGUGAAAACAUUAGUAAAGAGCUGGUCCCAAAGUUCUCAAACGAUCUAGUUUCGUGAACAAUUUAAAA